AUGAUCGAAUCGCCAUGGUCAAACACGGUUGUAUUGCCUUUAAUUUGCUUAAAGCGAGCGCAUUUUAUAAACGUGAAGUUGCCGGCUUAUAUUUUCCUAUGAAUGACCAUGAUAUUCCAAUUGAUUCCGAUAAUUCAGAUAAUUGGGUUAUACUGUCUUUGGAGUCAAUCACAGGACUACAGACCAGUCUUUUUAAGUUUUAUUUCAGCGCUUUUGUCACAGAUUUUGACUCUGAUAUACAUAUUCUUGAAUUGAUAAUGCCUGUACUUCUAUUCAAUCCCGAUCUGCUAAACAUUAUCAACAGAGAAAGGAUAGAACAACAACAACAGCUAUACCUGUAUUUACUUCAAAAAUAUUUGCGUGUAAAAUAUGGCAACAAUUUCGAUAACAAAUAUGAAAAAUAUUUAGUAAUAAAGGUUAAGAAAACCAAAUUCUGUGAUGUUUGCGGCGAUGAAGCAACUGGCUAUAACUUCGGUGCCAUCGCUUGUCAAUCGUGCAAAUCAUUCUUCAGGAGAAACGCAUUCAAUUAUGAGACAUAUAAGUGUAGGUAUAAUAACGAUUGUAUUAUUGACCAAAAGUACCGCAAAAUAUGCAAAACAUGUCGACUUAAGAAGUGCUUUGCUGUGGGCAUGAAAAAAGAAUGGAUUCUGAAUGAAGAGGAGAGAGAAUCGCGAAGAUAUCUGAUUGAAGUGAACCGAAAGAUGAGGACAAAUGACGCAGAGAUUGCAGAAUGUGUUUCACAAAUGACAGCCAUUGAUCCAAACGUGAUAAUAGAUGUGAUCGAUGUAAACGCUAUAUCUGUCACAUCUCCAGACAAUGUGUCCAUUUUCACUGAUGUAAACCAAACACAAAACACUGGUAAAUUAGUUUUGCCCUACCACGAUCUUAUGAAAGAAUCAGCUAAAGAAUUUGAAGUGAUGUUAACAAAAUUGGUGAAGAAUAUUAAUAACCUUGGCUCAUUUCAAAGCAUGUGUCUAAAUGACAAAAUAGCCUUGGUCAAAUACGGCUGCAUGGCGUUCAGCGUGAUAAUGUCGGUCAUUUUAUUCAAUCCCGAUUUGCCAAACAUUAUCAACAGAAAUAGCAUAGAACUACAACAACAGCUAUACCUUUACAAAAAACCAAUGGCUAAACCCAUGGAUACAAUUUCGGAGCAAUCGCUUGUCAGUCAUUCAUAUAAGUGUAAGUUUAGAGGCGAUUGUAUUGUCGACAAAAAGUACCGCAAAAUAUGCAAAACAUGUCGACUCAAGAAGUGCUUCGCUGUGGGCAUGAAAAAAGAAUGGAUUCUUAAUGAAGAGGAGAGGGAAUCGCGAAGAUAUUUGAUUGAAUUCAACAGAAAGUUGCGAAUUAAUGUUAACAAUAGAGUGGAUAAUAACAUAAGAGACGAUAAGAUCGCUGAAUGUAUUACAAUAUCAAACAUUGAUCCAAACGAGAUAACAGAUGUCAUAGAUGUAAACGCUAUAUGUGUCACAUCUCAAGACUGUGUCACCUUUUUUACUGAUGUAAACCAAACUCAAAACAUUUUAUGUCUAAACGACCAAAUAGCCAUGGUCAAAUCUGGCUGCAUGGCGCUCAAAAUACUUAUAGCUGGAUUAAAUUAUAAACGUGAAGUUUCUGGUCUUUACGUGCCCAUGUCAGAUCGACAAACUUGGGUAUCACUACCUAUCGAGUCAUUUCUAGGACAACAGACCCAUAUGUAUAACUUAUUGAUGUCUUAUUUCAACAUAAUGCCUGUAAUGCUCUUAAACCCCAAUCUGCCAAACAUUAUCAACAGAGAUAGCAUUUUUAUAGCGUUUAUCACAAUCGGGCCAAACGCACACAUGUGGUCGCUCUCCCGUAUGCUUACGCUUAUGUACAUUGAUAUGUUCGCCGAUAAACUCACAUCCGGGCCAAUCGCACGGCUUUCGUUGUUUAUGUAUAAUUCGUUUCCUAUUGUGGACAGCGAUCUGAUGAGUGCCCAUCGACGCCGCACCGGAGGGUCGGUUCGCUCCGAUGUGAUCGCGAGUGAUACUUAA